AUGAGGAACGUCGUCCGCCGCAAGUUGACCGGUUAUGUUGGAUUCGCCAACCUCCCAAACCAAUGGCAUCGUAAAAGUGUUCGCAAGGGUUUCAACUUCAAUGUGAUGGUUGUCGGUGAAUCUGGCUUGGGAAAGUCUACUCUUGUCAAUACUUUGUUCAACACUUCCCUGUAUCCUCCAAAGGAACGCAAGGGCCCUAGCCUGGAUAUUAUUCCAAAAACCGUUGCCAUUGAGUCUAUCAGCGCCGAUAUUGAGGAAAACGGCGUUCGUCUCCGUCUGACUGUGGUUGAUACACCUGGUUUCGGUGACUUUGUCAACAACGAUGACUCCUGGCGUCCAAUUGUUGAGAACAUCGAACAGCGCUUCGACGCUUACCUCGAGGCCGAGAACAAGGUUAACCGCAUGAAUAUUGUGGACAAUCGUGUCCAUGCUUGCGUCUACUUCAUCCAGCCAACAGGCCACUCGCUGAAGCCGCUUGACAUUGAGGUAAUGCGCCGAUUGCAUACCAAGGUCAAUCUUAUCCCUGUCAUUGCCAAAGCCGAUACUCUCACCGAUGAGGAAAUUGCUCUUUUCAAGCAAAGGAUUCUGGCCGAUAUCCAACAUCAUUCCAUCCAAAUCUUCGAGGGGCCCCGAUACGAGCUUGAUGAUGAAGAAACCAUCGCCGAGAACCAGGAAAUCAUGUCCAAAGUUCCUUUUGCUGUUGUUGGAGCGAACUCGGAGGUCACCAGCAGUGAGGGCCGCAAGGUCAGAGGUCGUCGUUAUCCAUGGGGUGUCAUCGAGGUUGACAACGAGGAACAUUGCGAUUUCGUCAAAUUGCGCCAGAUGCUCAUCCGUACUCAUAUGGAAGAACUCAAGGAACACACGAAUAAUGCCCUGUACGAGAACUACCGAUCUGACAAACUCACACAGAUGGGUGUUGCGCAGGACCCAAGUGUAUUCAAGGAGGUCAACCCUGCAGUCAAGCAGGAAGAAGAACGCACCUUGCACGAACAGAAACUCGCAAAGAUGGAGGUCGAGAUGAAGAUGGUUUUCCAACAAAAGGUGCAGGAGAAGGAAAGCAAGCUCAAGCAGAGCGAAGACGAGCUUUUCGCGCGACAUCGCGAGAUGAAAGAACAAUUAGAGCGACAACGCGCAGAAUUGGAAGAAAAGAAGUCUCGCCUCGAAAGUGGAAGACCUCUCGAGGACAAGAUAAAGAGAAAGGGUUUCUCGCUCCGUUAA